AUGCUCGGUUUCUCCAAUACCAUCAACUCAGCCCUUGUGUUGGUAGCUUUUUUGUUGCCUGAUGCUUCAGGCUUUGUCCCUCGAAUAUCCAGGGUAGCUCCACCCUUGGUGGCAUCCAGCCCCGGUUCAUUUUCCAAUGGAAAAAUCUUCUCCCCCCUUCAUCUGCCCCCGAAGACCAACUCAGCAUCAGGAGGUACACAUCGAGAAUCUACUGUGGAUUCGGAAGGAGGUGACAAAAAGGGUUUUCUUGACAAAAUCAAGUCGAUUGUUCCACCUAAGAAUGAAAGGAAAAAGCUGCUGCCACUUGGAUUGAUGUUCUUCUGCAUUCUAUUCAACUACACAAUUUUGCGUGAUACCAAAGAUGUGCUCAUGAUCACAGCCUACAAAAGCGGUGCGGAAGUUAUUCCCUUUAUCAAAACAUAUUGCAAUCUGCCAGCUGCGAUUGGCUUUACUGGCCUUUAUGCUUCUAUGUGCGAUAACAUGGAGCUCAAGAACGUCUUUUAUGCACUGGUUAUCCCAUUCUUGAUCUUCUUUGCGAGCUUUGCACUCUUCAUGUACCCUGCAAGAUCCAUCAUUCAUCCUCAUGGACUUGUGGAUAUCCUGGCAAAUCAGCUUCCGGCAGGUUUUUCUGCGCCUUUGGCCAUUGUCCGAAACUGGUCCUUUGCAUUGUUCUACGUUAUGGCAGAGAUGUGGGGCAGUGUUGUGACUUCACUGCUUUUCUGGGGGUUUGCCAAUGAAGUUACUACCGUUGAGGAGGCGAAGAAGUAUUACCCGCUGUUUGGGAUGGGAGCCAAUGUGGCCUUGAUCUUUUCGGGACAGUACGUGAAGUGGGUAUCGAAAAUGAGGGGGACCCUGGCUCCUGGUGUAGAUGCUUGGGCAGUCAGCCUAAGAUUCUUGAUGGCUGCUGUGGUUGGAAGUGGGGGCGUCCUUCUUGCAGCAUACAAGUACAUGCAAGACAAUAUCGUAUCAAAAAUGGAUUCCGUCAAAGAGGCCAAGAAGUUCCCACGCAAGAAGAAGGCGCGGAUGACAAUGAAGGAGUCAGCCAAGUUUCUCAUGAGUUCACCGUACAUUCGUGACUUGGCGACGCUUGUCAUCUCGUAUGGUCUCUGCAUCAACAUUGUGGAGGUCAGCUGGAAGUCCAAACUCAAGCAAGCAUUCCCAAAUCCCAACGAGUACUCAGCCUUCAUGGGAAACUUUUCAUCGGCUACUGGGACCGUUACCCUUGUGAUGAUGCUUCUUGGUAGGACCAUAUUCCAGAAGUUCGGAUGGAAAUUUGCCGCUAUGGUAACCCCAACGAUGAUUGGCGUCACGGGCAUUGCAUUCUUCGGUUUAACACUUCUGCCACAGACAGUUCAACCGCUUGCAGCACUCUUUGGGACAACACCCUUGAUGCUUGCAGUUCUUAUUGGCGCUGCUCAAAACAUUCUCAGUAAGAGCGCCAAAUAUUCCUUGUUCGACCCUUGCAAGGAAAUGGCAUACAUCCCACUGGACCAAGAGUCUAAGACUAAGGGGAAGGCAGCCAUUGACGUGGUCGGCAAUCCACUAGGCAAAAGUGGAGGCGCCAUGAUCCAGCAGGUCCUCAUCUUUGCAGUUGGCAGCCUUGCUGCCUCUACACCAUAUCUAGCCGCGAUCCUUUUUGCGAUGGUGUUCAUGUGGUAUAGAGCAGUCGGAUCCUUGUCUGGACAGUUUGAAGAGGCCAUGAAGCAAACCGAAUCUCAGGGCUAG